ACCUUGCGGUUUGACCCGGCCAAACCUCCAUGGACUACAAAACUCUUCUACAAACUACAAACCUUCCCUGCAGCGUUACGUUACCGCUUAUCUGCCUACUUUAAACCUCCAUUUCUCUGUAGCAAAGCUCCCUCAAGAACCAGUAGGUUAUUGUUUCUGAAUUUUCCUUGGAGUUUUGAUCGGAAAGUUCUGACGAUGAAUUCACGGAUUUGGAGAUCUGCUCAUUGCGCCGCAAGGUCUAUUCUCUCUGCCUAUUCCAAGCACAGUUCUCGUGCCUUCUCCGGAGGGCGAGCUGCAGGUGCAGCGUCUGUUGUUUCUCUCAGAGGAGUUGCGUCUUCCCUGGCUUUGCAUGGUAGUGGAGAGUCGGCAAAUGCAUCCAGGACUUGGAUUUCAGGAAUCCUUGCCCUUCCUGCUGCAGCUUACAUGAUCCAGGAGAAAGAUGCACAUGCUGCUGAGAUGGAGCGUACCUUCAUUGCCAUCAAGCCUGAUGGAGUGCAGAGAGGACUGGUAUCAGAGGUCAUAUCCCGUUUUGAGCGCAAGGGAUUCAAGCUUGUUGCAAUCAAAAUUAUGGUACCUUCGAAAGGCUUUGCUCAAAAGCACUAUCACGAUCUCAAGGAUAGACCUUUUUUCAGCGGUUUAUGUGAUUUCCUUAGCUCUGGUCCUGUUGUGGCAAUGGUUUGGGAAGGUGAAGGAGUGAUUAGAUAUGGUAGGAAGCUUAUUGGAGCCACAGAUCCACAGAAAUCAGAACCUGGAACUAUUAGGGGUGACUUGGCUGUUGUUGUGGGAAGGAAUAUCAUCCAUGGGAGUGAUGGGCCUGAGACUGCAAAGGAUGAAAUUGGGCUAUGGUUCAAGCCUGAUGAGUUGGUCAGGUACACAAGCAAUGCAGAGAAGUGGAUAUAUGGUGAUAACUGAACAUUACAUUUUUUCUCUUCAAUCCACACCAAGUGUGAAUGAAUCUAAGUUAUGAGAAAUAAUGUUUUCUGUUCUUUCUUUUUUGAUUGAGGAACAACAUUUCUCUGGCAAAACUUGUUUGUGAAAAUUUGAACUAUUGCUUGCAACAAAACAUUUUACAGCUGCUC